GGUUGGUGGCAGGAUCAGCUCCUGUCCGAUCGAUCUAUCCGAGGAAUGGCUGCCCUAACGGCUGUGUUUGCUAUCGCAAUGAUUAUUAUCAUGGCUACCAACGCGAAUGCAUUCAGGCACCGACCAAACAAGAACUCCACAUCUGUAGGCGGACAGGAACAAUCAUGUAAAAGUGUCCAGCGAACUAAUUCGGCUUUGCUGAUACUCAUCAACAUCGCCGCGACGAUGAUUCUGGGAAUGUCAAAUACCUACCAACAAAUGGUGACAAGCUUGAAAGUCGGGGACAUCAAAUAUGUCCUAUCUAAAUAUGGCGAUACCCGGGUCGGCACGAAUUCCCCCUUCGCUAUAAAUCACAAGCGUGAAGGAAGGCUAAAUUCAUGGCUGGCAUGGGUACUUCUGAUCUCCACAUCACUGCCUGUGCAUUUCCUUGCGAACAGCUUGAUCGGGCCAUCUUUGGUAUACACUCCACCAAAGGUCGUUCAGUACAAUGCAACCACAGUCACUACCUGGAGUUCUUACGCCUCCUAC